AUGGGUUGCUGGGCGUGGAUAUCGGGCAAGGAUAACACUGCAGACUGGUUAACAAGAGGACGAUCUCCGGAAGAAAUUAAUGAAGAAUCAGAAUGGUGGAACGGUCCCACAAUACUUUAUCAACCUAUAGAAGAAUGGGGUCUAAAGUUCGGUUCUCAGAAGGAAGAGUGCCUCCCUGGAGAGAAGAUGAUUCACAGUGCAUCAACCGCGGUUGCCAACCCUCCUCUGCUCAACUAUGAAAGAUUCAGCGACAUCAAUCGAGCUAUAUGGGUCAUUGCAAGAAUUUUGGCCAUGCUACAGAGCAAGUCCUUCCGUGGCGGUAAGACGAUGUCAGUAUCAGUGCAACUAUUGAGAGAUGCAGAGAAUUUCAUCGUAAAAGACGUGCAGAAGACAAUGCGAAAAGAGUUAGUUAAAACAGAUCACAAAGGGAGGAAAGGAGGACGUUAUGCUUCACUCAGUCCUGUCUACAGUGAAAGCGGAUUAUGCUUAAUAGGAGAACGUCUGAAACAAUGCAACCCCAUGACUCUGGAUUCAUCUCCACAGAAGCUAUUACCCUCUUCACAUCGAGUCACUCGUCUUUUGAUGCAAAGAGCACACCAGCACGGACAUCGUGGACGCGACGCCACUCUUGCGAAAUUCCGUGAGAAGUAUUGGGUCCCCCAAGGUAGUAAGCUAGCUCGAAAGGUCACGCAGAAUUGUCAGCUUUGUAAAUUACGACAAGCAAAGCUACUUCGGCAAGUGAUGGGUCAACUUCCAGAAGAGCGACUGAAUCCAAGUCCACCAUUCACACACGUCAUGCUUGAUAUGUUUGGUCCUUACGUUGUGAAGGGAGAAGUCCAGAAGCGCGUAAGUGGAAAGGCAUAUGGUGUCAUUUUCACAGAUCUGGUGAUUGGAGCGGUACAUAUUGAAGCAGUAUAUGGCUAUGACACACAAUCGUUUCUAAUGGCAUUGAGUAGAUUCGCUUGCAUCCAUGGAUGGCCCGCGACCAUAUACAGCGACCCAGGUUCUCAGCUAGUCGGUGCCGACCGAGAAUUAAAAGAAGCUUGGAAAAGUAUUGAUCGUGAUGCGCUGCAUACAAACGGUGUUCAAAAUGGACUAACCUGGCUAUUCGGUCCUGCGGACAGUCCGUGGAAUCAAGGAAAAGUCGAAGCAUUAGUCAAAGCGGCCAAAAGAGCAAUUCAUUUUGCGGUUCACAACAAGCGUCUCACCGUAUCGGAAUUUCUCACGAUUUGCUACGAAGUGGCCAACCUGCUCAACGAACGUCCUAUUGGCACGCUGCCCGGAGCAGACUCAAACCUGAAUAUUCUUACACCGAAUACUCUCUUGUUGGGUCGUGCCUGUGCGAAGAAUCCUGGAAAUUGGCAGCCUACCCGAGAACCUAUCACCAAGCGCUAUCAUUUUGUACAAGCAGUCGUAAGCGAAUUCUGGGCCAAAUGGAUCGAGUUGUGUGCCCCCGCGUUAGUGACCAGAUACAAGUGGACCGAGCCCUCUCGAAACCUCCAACCAGGAGAUAUAGUUCUUAUAGCUGAUAAAAGCCCAAUAAAGGGAGAUUACCGAUUAGGAAUGAUCCACGAAGUAUUUCCUGGCAAAGACGGUAAGGUGCGAAGAGCGUUGGUUAAGUACAAGAAUUAUAAAGUUGGCAAAAGGAAUCAUGAGUAUACAGGGUGCGAAGAAGUGAUUGUUUCUCGUAGUGUUCAUCGUUUAGCCCUUUUGGUGCCAGUGGAAUACGAUCAAGAAAAACACGACGAAGACUAA